GAGGAAUCCUCGCGCCAUCUGCUUGCCUUGGCCUUGCGCCAGGUGCAGUACAUGCAAUCAAGCGAUGUCCUCGCGGCCGCUGCCAGGGACAAUCUGACACACGAACUUUGGAAGCGCCUGCAUCUCGUCUGCUUUUACUUUUCAAAAAAGUCUCUCAGCGAGCAGCAGUCACCCAAGGACUCGAUGCUCUUGCUUUCCGCCAGCGAGCUCCUCCACCUUGCCAAUGACCCGCUCCAAAGCGACUCGGAGUGGUACCGCUCGACCGUUGGGAUGUCGUUCCUCGUCGAUCCUUCCGAUGCCACAGCCGUUGCCCAAAUCUGCCAGCGCUGGUCGUUUGCAGAGUGUGGCGCCGAUCUCCUGCGCUUUGCCAGUAUCGAACACGACAGCAUGGAGUUCUGGACACUGUUCAAGUUCGGGCCACCGCAAGCGAGGCCCCAGUCCCAGUCCCAGUCCGACAGCGAUGACCUGGACCCCAUUCUGACCGACCUGCUGGACGCAUCCCCGCUGGAGGAGCGGUAUCUCAUGUGGUCGCAGCUGCAGACGGAUCGGCUGUGGAAGUGGUAUGGGGCUUCUCCGUCGCGGGCGACCGAGAUUGUUCGUUGGCUCGACCACGGCGGGCCCAAGCAAGACCCCAUCGGCUUCGAAAAGAUCCUGAACUGGCACAUACUCUUCCACGCAAGCCUGGUCCUGGUCCACUAUCCUGCGAUGAUCAAGGAGCUUUGGCUGCACCCGGAUGCCAGUCCCGAGUCUCUGCCCGGAUACUCGGCAUGUCACACUGCGGCCGGGAACGUCAAGACCCUGAUGAAUCUGCUCGGCUCGACUCGAGCCCCGGGAUCGACCAGCUACUACGAGUGUCUGCCCUUUCUCGGGUGCCUCGUAUUGACACCGCUGGUACUGCACCUCGCUGCUCAUGCGGGCUGCAGUCAUCCGCCCCAGAGCCCCGAGUCUGCGUUUCCUGACGAGCUGUACCAGGCAUGGGUCGGCCCGCUCUACAUGCACCUGAACAAGCGCCUCUCCCGGUUCCGCACGGCCAUGGAUUUCCUGGGCUCUGAGCAGAAGAUGCGUUCCGAGUUCACCAGGCUGUCGGGGCACGAUGACCCUGGCCGCAUCCGCAAGGCCGUCACCGUAUAUCAGGACGAGCUGCCCCUUCCUUUCGACCUGUCGCUGGGACCGUGGGUGCCCUCUCGGCUCUGGGUCUCUCUUGCUGGCGAUGAGUGAUCUUCCUCACCGGCUGGUCGGCUAGCCGGCUUGCUGGCUCACUUGCCCCUUCACACCCUCUACCACCACCGUUACCACCGUUACCACGGUCUUCUCCCGUUUCACUUGCCCGG